CCCUCCCCCCUUUCCCUCAAUCACAAGGCCCAACCAUCUAUAACGCACAAUACCUUGCAUGCCUUGUCGUCUGACAUCAAUCGCAUUCACAGCAGAUCUCCCACCUACUGCUGAAUUCAAGUAGACGCCUCGCCAUCGAGAAAUCACGCCUGCUUUUCGCCUCGAUCCCGCAUCUCAACACGUCCACGCGUCACACAUCCAGACGCGUAUCUUUCGCUUCUUCUCCCUCCUUCCCUCCAUCAUGUCAUCCGUCGUCGCUCAGCCGCACGAUACACCUUCGAAAAAGGUCGCACACGGCCUUGCCAGCAUGGAUGUCAACUCGCCCGUCAAGAAGGGCACGAAGGACAUCUUUGCCAAUGCAUCCUUUCUCGCAGACGCAAAGUCUGCCGACAUGGCCGCGACUAGCGCUAAGAAGACAGUACUCGACGUAAGCAGCAAAAAGUCCGCAGCCGAUGAGACGGCCAAAAUCAACGCCCUAUCCUCGCACCCGCUCGAUACGAUGGAGAACCGCUUUGUAGGCGAGGUAGACCUUCCAGAGGAGGAGGAGCCGCUGCUCAUCGAGAGCUCGCGUCGCUUUGUCCUUUUCCCCAUCCGCUUCCACGAGAUCUGGCAAAUGUACAAGAAGGCAGAAGCAUCCUUCUGGACCGCCGAGGAGAUCGACCUCUCAAAAGACAUGCACGACUGGGACAACAAGCUCAACGACAACGAGCGUCAUUUCGUCUCGCACGUGCUCGCCUUUUUUGCUGCCUCGGAUGGUAUUGUCAACGAGAACCUUGUGGAACGAUUCAGUAGCGAGGUGCAAGCUGCGGAAGCGAGAUGCUUCUACGGGUUCCAGAUCAUGAUGGAAAACAUUCACUCUGAGACUUACUCGCUGCUCAUCGACACCUAUAUCCGCGAUCCCACUGAGCGAGAGUUCCUCUUUGACGCGAUCGAGACGAUCCCGGUCGUCAAGCAAAAAGCAGACUGGGCGUUGCGGUGGAUCUCAGACCGAAGCGCGUCCUUCUCUGAACGUCUCGUCGCAUUUGCCGCCGUCGAGGGCAUUUUCUUCUCUGGCUCGUUCGCGUCGAUCUUCUGGCUCAAGAAGCGCGGCCUCAUGCCUGGCCUGACCUUCUCCAAUGAGCUGAUCAGCCGCGACGAGGGGCUGCACACCGACUUUGCCUGCCUGCUCUUCAGCCACCUUAAGAAGCGGGCACACCCGGACACAGUACUCAAAAUUAUCACUGAGGCCGUCUCGAUCGAGCAGUCGUUCCUGAGCGACGCGCUGCCCGUUGCGCUGAUCGGCAUGAACGCCAAGCUGAUGUGCCAGUACAUUGAGUUCGUCGCCGACCGCCUGCUCGUAGCGCUCGGCAACCCCAAGCACUACAACUCGAUAAACCCAUUCGACUUUAUGGAGAACAUCUCGCUCCAAGGCAAGACCAACUUCUUCGAGAAGAAGGUCGCGGAAUACGCAAAGGCCGGUGUCGCACGCAAGGACCGCGUCGAGGGCGACAACGCCGACACGGGUGUCCAGCAAGGCGUUCACGACUUUUCCCUCGAAGAGGACUUCUGAGCAUGCGCAGCGCAUACACUCCCUGCCUCUCGUUUUGUUCGAGAUCACUCCGUCACGUUGCCGCCUUAUACGCAGACACCCGCAGACACUACCACGACGCACCCUGUUCCGUGGAUGUACAGCCUUUGUUAUAUAAAGAUGAUCCACUCCUAUCACUAGCACCACCGCGAACAGUUUCACAUGAACCAUCUGUACUAUAGUUGCUUCCUGCAAAUCAUCCCUCGACGUCU